AUGUCAACCCUCCUCUCCAAGGCCGCAGCUCCGGCGCGGGCACUUGCAAAGAGCCACAACCUCUCGGGACGCCCGAAAAUCCAACAAUGCCUGCGCAAAGGCGCCCAGCUUCACACGGCGUCGUUUCGCUCCGGAUCCGAGAGACCCAAUGCCCGGAAAGAGCACAAGUCGAGCCGAGUAUCGCAAAGGACCUUCCAUGCCACCAAUACCUUGUCGCAAAAGGAUCCCUACAAGGCCCUUGGUGUCAACAAGUCUGCGACGGCUGCCGAGAUCAAGAAGGCAUACUAUGGCCUAGCAAAGAAGUUCCACCCCGAUACCAACAAGGACCCCACGGCCAAAGACAAGUUCGGCGAGAUCCAAACCGCCUAUGAGAUCCUCUCCGACCCGAAGAAGAGAGAGCAGUACGACCAGUUUGGCGAUGCGAGCUUCGACCCCAACGCGGCUGGAGGCCAUCCGUUUGCCGGAGCUGCGGGCGGCAAUCCCUUUGCAGGAUUCGGUGCCCAGGGCGGCUUUGGCGGAGGCUUUGGCGGGGGUUUCAACUUUGAGGACUUGUUUUCGGCUUUUGGCGGCGGCGGCCGUCGAUCGAAUCCUUUCCAGCAGGAGAUUUUGGUGGGCGACAACAUUGAGGCCCAUGUGAGCAUCAGCUUCAUGGAGGCUGCCAAGGGCACGAGCCAAUCCAUCACCAUCACACCGGUGGAAUCCUGCAACACAUGCUCGGGAAGUGGGUUAAAGACUGGCGCACAGCGAGCGCAGUGCCACAGUUGCGAUGGAACAGGCACACGGGUGCACUAUGCGCAGGGCGGCUUCCAGAUGGCCUCGACAUGCGGGUCCUGCGGAGGUACUGGCUCGACUAUCCCCAAGAGCUCAGAGUGCCGGACGUGCUCCGGACAGGGCGUUGUGCGCAACAAGAAGACCAUUACCGUCGACAUUCCGGCUGGUAUCGAAGACGGCAUGCGACUCCGGAUAGACGGCGGCGGCGAUGCUCCCAUCACCGGAAGAUCCACAUCCCCCAAUUCCCGGGCCCAGAAUGGAGAUCUCUACGUCUUUGUCCGAGUGGCCGCCGAUCCCAAGUUUGGCCGCGAGGGCUCCAACAUCCUCUACACAGCAAACAUUCCCCUCACCACGGCCAUUCUCGGUGGGCAGGUGACGAUUCCCACGCUGGACGGAUCGGUUAAUCUCAAGGUGGCCACCGGUACCAACACAGGCGACAAGGUCACGCUGCCUGGCAUGGGAAUGAAACGACUUGGCUCACGAAGGGCGGGAUCCGGCGACCUCAAGGUUGAGUUCCGAGUCAAGAUGCCCAAAUCGCUCAGCGCUAGCCAACGAACCAUUCUCGAGAUGCUCGCCGAUGAGAUGGACGACAAGUCAGCUCGCCGCGUCAUGAACGUUUCGUCAAGGUCAGAGGGAGACUCCAAAACCUGA